UGAACCAGGGAACCGAAAAAUCAUAUAUACUGGGUUUUUUUAAAAAAAUAAGCCACGAUAUAUUAUGACACAUCGUUAUGACUGCUUAUUCUUGGGUCAUGCACCUUCUCAUGUUAUCUUCGCAUUCAUUUACGGGAAUUUUGGUAACCUUAGGUCAAUAUGAGUCAGUCAGACACUGUCGAAAUUUCUGGUGACCAUCUACCUACAUUAGACCAUGUAACCGCAUUGGUACAAGAUGACGGUGCUGGAGCUAUUACUACCUUUUCUGGCACAACGAGAAACGUAUUCGAAGACAAAGUUGUUGUAGAGUUGGAAUAUGAAGCAUAUAUACCCAUGGCAAAAAAAGUCUUAUUAGAUAUCAUUAAAGAAUCCCGAGCGAAAUGGGAUUUAAAACACGUCGCCAUAUUUCAUCGCACAGGUGUUGUGCCUGUUGGUAAAACAAGUGUGAUUGUUGCCACCUCGUCAAAGCAUAGAGCUGAUUCGAUGGAUGCAGCCAGGUACCUUAUUGAUGAAUUAAAAGACAGAUGCCCCAUUUGGAAAAAAGAGGUAUACGAAAACGGGAGUGUUUGGAAAGGUGCAUGUUCCGGCCAGCAUAAUGCCCAGAAAUAGCGUGUCGUUCUAGAAGGAAAAUAAAACAAGAUAGUGUUUUCUAUUCAAUCACUAUCGGCUAACUCUUCUGUAUACCUGUAUAUGCUUUAAAAGUGUAGCGUUUUCGUAAAGCCAAAAAUAAAAAAGGUGGCAUUUCUUUCAAUGAAAUAAUCAUUUGCAAUGCUCACAGUCAAAAUUAGUCUCAAC